AUGCAAGAAAUCCAAAAUGUGGCCAAGGAGUAUACCAACGACGAGGAGGUUAGCCAAGUCAUGGCAGCCAACAAGCGGCAGCCCACCUAUAACCCUGCUCGUCAGCCCGGCAAUGGGGAAAGGCCUAAAGAGCACUCUAAGGACGGAGGGCCAGCUAACGCCUUCAAGUUGUUCCCCCGGGUAGGGAAGUUUACUAACUACACUCCCCUAACAGCCCCGAUCGUCGAGGUGUACCAGCAGAUAGCCGACAAGGGCAUCCUGUCGAAGCCCCGACAACUUAAGGAUAGAACUGGAGGGAACAAAAACCUCUACUGCGACUACCACAAGGGCUUCAGCCACAAGACCCAAGAUUGUUUCGAUUUGAAGGAUGCUCUGGAGAAGGUGAUCCAGGAAGGUAAGCUGGCAGAAUUUUCUCACCUCAUAAGAGAACCUAGGAGGUGGGAUCGUGACCGAUCUGGUGACGACAGGAUCCGCACCGUGAGACCAAUGCAAGAGCCUGAGGAGGACAAUGAACGUGGCCUCACCAUCGUGAACAUUGUAGUCGGGAGAGACGUCGCCCCUAGGUCGAAGUCGGCAUGCAGGAAAGAUACCAAGGUCUUGGCCGUGUCAUCGUCUAGUCCCGCGCUUUCCCCCAGGAGAGUCCCGUCAAUAUCAUUCGGACCAGAGGAUCGGUGGUUCGACGACUUGCCGGAGAACCCUCCUAUGGUGAUCACGGUAAGAGUAGGAACUGGUCUGGUCAGGCGAAUCCUCAUGGACACCGGAGUCGAUUCGAACAUCAUGUUCCGUAAUGUGUUUGAUGCUCUGGGCCUCCGAGACACUGACCUGAGAACCCACCAACAUGAUGUGGUCGGCUUAGGCGAUAACUUUAUCAAGCCUGAUGGAAUAGUCUUCCUACCAGUCUCCAUAGGAGGAGGUCGAGGGAAGAGGUCGGUAAUGGCGGAGUUCGUUGUUCUAAGGGACUCCACGGUCUACAACCUUAUCUUGGGAAGGAAAACCGUCAAUGAGUUCAGAGCAGUGAUCUGUACCAAGCUAUUGAUGAUGAAGUUUGUUGCUGAUGAUGGGUCGGUUGGAUCCAUUAGGGGAGAUUUGGAAACGGUGGUCGCGUGCGUGGUGGGAUCGUGA